AUGUCACGGGGCUGGAGAGACACGAAGCUCCAGCUCCUGUAUGGCGCUCCAGCCCCUGCCAUGAACUUCUUGCGGUUCGCCAGGGACUUGAUGGGUGGCCCCUUGCCCUUGGUGGCGCUCACCGAGGGUGCAGUGCUCUCAGCGCAAUUGGGGCAGCAACUGGGGCUCCAAGUCCCUAGCUGCCCGGCGCUGGCGCUUUACCUGGACACCACAGGCUACCUGAACGUGGCAGAGCGGCUGCCCACGGUCUUGGUCACCCGCGCGCGGAUCUUCAACCACCCCACAGGGAUCUUCCUCCGAUCUUUGCUGCAAGAGUUCGCCAUCAUCAACCAGCCGCUGGCCGAUGCUCGCGGCCACUUUUGGUUCUCAGAGGUGCCCACGGAGGUGGGGUGA